CAGUUUAAUAAUCGCGAGUUACACGUCGUAACAUGUGUGCCUGAUUCAUCAUUUUAUAUCACCUUUUGUUCGGCUUAAUAAUCCCGCUCUAAAACGCGAAUCCUAGAUACUAGUUUCUUAAUAAUUCAUAACUAUAACCCAAUAUUCUACAUUAUCUAAUCAGUUUCAAAACAAAAUAACAAGCACCUUUUCUUAAUCAAUCUUAUAUUAUUCCAUAUUUGGGUUCUAAAUUAGAAUUUAUAAGGUUCUAAAUUAAAAUAUAGAGUUGCAAUUACAAAUAUUCACACAUUUGUUUUUAUCUAAAGUUUAAUAUCUAUGAUGUGACACACCUUGUUCCUAUAAUAUCUACUUGCCUCGCUGUAUUUGUUGAAUCUUUUGUGCUACUCAAACACAAACACAAACACCUGAAUCACGUCUCCUUUGAAACUUCUGAUCUGAUGGGUAGUCACGAAGAAGAAGCAUUGCUCUUGGAAGAUGCACUCACCGAGGGUGAGAGCAGCCUGUAUACAGGAGACGGGUCAGUCGACAUUAAGGGGCAACCUGUUUUGAAAAGCAAUACUGGGAACUGGAGAGCUUGCCCCUUUAUACUCGGUAACGAGUGUUGUGAACGCUUAGCCUAUUACGGGAUAUCUACUAAUCUAGUCAGCUACCUUACCAAAAAGUUGCAUCAAGGAAACGCCGUUGCUGCAACCAACGUUACCACGUGGCAAGGAACGUGCUACCUCACUCCUCUUAUCGGUGCUGUGUUGGCAGACGCGUAUUGGGGAAGAUAUUGGACUAUCGCCAUCUUCUCUAUUAUAUAUUUCAUUGGAAUGUGCACAUUGACUCUUUCGGCUUCAGUACCCUCUUUGAUACCCGUCGAAUGUGUCGAUGCUAUUUGUCCUUCAGCUACCCCUGUACAAUAUGCUGUUUUCUUUACCGGGCUUUACUUGAUCGCACUCGGAACCGGUGGAAUCAAACCAUGCGUUUCAUCAUUCGGUGCGGAUCAGUUUGACGACACUGAUCCAAAGGAGCGUGUGAAAAAGGGAUCGUUCUUCAAUUGGUUUUACUUUUCAAUCAAUCUUGGGGCGUUGGUCUCGUCUACUUAUAUUGUUUGGAUUCAAGAAAACAAAGGAUGGGGAUUAGGGUUUGGAAUUCCGGCAUUCUUCAUGGGCGUUGCUAUCUUUAGUUUCUUUAUCGGAACACCUCUUUAUAGGUUUCAGAAACCCGGGGGAAGCCCGAUUACCCGAAUGUGUCAGGUUUUGGUUGCGUCAUUUCACAAAAGAAACGUGCCGGUCCCUGAUGACAGCUCUUUGUUGUUUGAAACGCCUGAUAAGUUGUCGGCGAUUGGCGGUAGUCGGAAAAUCUUGCAUACUGAUGAGCUCAAGUUUCUUGAUAAAGCUGCAGUGGUGUCAUCAACCGCACACGAAAAUGGAAACUACUCGAAUUCAUGGAAGCUAUGCACCGUAACACAAGUAGAAGAACUCAAAAUCUUAAUCCGGAUGUUUCCAAUUUGGGCAACAGGAAUCGUGUUUUCAGCAGUUUACGCACAAAUGUCGACAAUGUUUGUGGAGCAAGGAAUGGCAAUGGACACGACAAUCGGGUCAUUCACACUGCCUGCAGCUUCUCUUUCAACUUUUGACGUCAUCAGUGUCAUCUUCUGGGUCCCGGUUUACGACAGAAUCAUCGUACCAAUCGCAAGGAAAUUCACAGGUAAGGGACGAGGCUUUUCCGAACUGCAACGAAUGGGUAUCGGUCUUUUUCUCUCGGUAUUUUGCAUGGCGGCUGCGGCUUUGGUUGAAAUAAAGCGUCUUGAUCUCGCGAAAUCUCUUGAUUUGUCGAACGAAAACGUUGCGGUACCGAUUAGUGUCUUCUGGCAAGCACCGCAGUAUAUCUUUCUAGGUGCUGCUGAAGUGUUUUUCUUCAUCGGGCAGCUCGAGUUCUUUUACGAUCAGUCACCUGAUGCCAUGCGUAGCUUGUGUAGCGCGCUCUCGUUGCUGACCACUGCGUUGGGGAAUUAUUUGAGUUCGUUUAUUUUGACGAUGGUUACGUAUUUUACUGCGCGCGGUGGGAAGCCCGGUUGGAUACCGGAUAAUUUGAACGAAGGCCAUCUCGAUUACUUCUUUUGGCUUUUGGCUGGGCUUAGCGGGUUGAACAUGCUCGUUUAUAUCGUAUGUGCGAAGGUGUACAAGUCCAAGGCUGCGUCUUGAGAAGCUUGAUGUCGGUACAUAGUUUGUUGAUAUUGUAAUCUAGCAACCCCCCCCCCCCCCCCCCUUCCUCUUUCGUUUGCUAUGAUACAUGUGGAUAUGAUUCUGUUUAUGACUGAUACAAAGUCGAAACGAUUAAGCGAUUUACACGGUAACUUGUCUAGUUAUUAUCCUAACAA